AUGACGGAUCUGAUCAGUUCGGUAGAAUGUCCGGUUUGUGGCGGUCUUUUCGAUUCUAGGAUUAUAUCUGCACACGCCAACUCUUGUCUGAACAAUAGUGUAAUCAUGGAUGACAAAAUGACAAGAAAACGCAAAAGUACUGACUGGAAUUUCCUGACAGGAUCCUCUAACGCAGCGGGUCCAACUCCCGCGAAUUCAGCAAAAAUGUUGAAGUCAAUACAAAGUAAAGGGAAAGCGAAAGGAGGAACCUCCAAGACAAAAAUUGCUGAUGUAGACAAAACGGUGUCUGUGAGAAACGGGGAAGACAGCUCAAGCGACUUGGAGUUUGUCGAUGAACAUGAUACAGGAACCCCAGGGAUGUUUGGACACCAUGCGACAGUUAAGACAGUGAAGGAACUAAAUCAAAAUAGUGUGGUGACAGCAAAGAUCAACGAAAAGCUGCAGGAAACAAGUAUAAAACAAACAAAUACGAAUUUAUUCAAACAUAUGAUGGGCAGCAAGAGAAGUGUAGCAGCCAGUAACUGUAAUGCCCCCCUGGCAGAGAGAGCCCGGCCCCAGAGUUUGGACAAUUUUGUGGGGCAGGAUCUGGCAGUGGGGAAGAAAUGUAUUCUAUACAACCUGAUCACACACAGCAGUAACAUCCCCUCCAUGGUUCUGUGGGGGCCGCCCGGAUGUGGCAAGACAACGUUGGCAAAGAUUAUAGCUCAGAAAUGCAAAGAACAAGGCACCAUCAAGUUCAUCACAAUGUCGGCGACAUCUGCUAGUGUCAAUGAUGUGAAAGAUAUUGCAAAAGUUGCCCGCAAUGAUGUUAAGAUGUUCCACAGGAAAACAAUCUUGUUCCUGGAUGAGAUUCACAGAUUCAAUAAAACACAACAGGAUGUUUUGCUGCCGCAUGUGGAGGAUGGCACCAUCACACUGAUCGGGGCCACCACAGAGAACCCUUCAUUUUAUGUCAACAGUGCACUACUGAGCAGGUGCCGAGUGAUCACUCUCAACAAGCUUCAGAUUGAUGACAUUAAAGCCAUCAUUAAGCAUGCACUGCCAUUGCUGGAUGUACAGCUUGAUGACGAGGCUGCCGACACACGGCAGGAAGAUAUGGAGGUGG